AUGAAACAGAUUGCUCAACUAGGCAAUAUUGAAGAAGAUUCUCUUAUUGAUUAUAUUAUAGCUGGUAUAAGAGACUUGGAACUCAACAAGAUGAUACUGUAUGGCGCUACAUCCAUUGAUGAGCUAAAAUUGAAACUUGAACUGUAUGAGAAAAUGAAGUUAAACGUAAGGCAAAUACAAAGUCAAUCAGCAAACAUUAAUCGUUGCUACAACUGUGGUACGAAGGGUCACCGUUCUAGUUCUUGUCCUGAUGCUAGUAAAGGAUUUAAGUGUUUUUUAUGUCAGGAAUUCGGUCAUAAAGCAUCAUCGUGUUCUUAUCGUCCAUCAACUAGUCGACCAAAUAAUGAUAGAAUUGAUACUAAUAGUGAUGUGAAUCUCUGUCGAAGGUCAUUUAUAUUGAAGUUAGAUAAAAUUACAAUUUGUAAAGAUAAAACGUUACUAGGAGGACCAGGAGGAGUUAAGUUCUACAUAGAAGGUGUAUUUACUUACAAAUUAAGUGUUGAUGGAUCAUCAUAUACUAUUGAUAUUUAUGUUGUUCCUGAUGUAGCCAUUACAUGUGACCUGUUAGUAGGAAAAGCUAUAUUUCAAACAAGUGCUGAAUUGCACAUAAAUCCUAAGUGUGUGAGAAUAACUAAAUUUGAAGAAGAAGAAAAUCAAAAAAUGUCUAUUAAUAAACCGUAUAAUGAGCUCAACAUAGGUGCAUCAACUUAUACAGAGGAAAUUAAUAAUAUAGUGAAAGAUUAUGAACCAAAUAAAGUAAAACAUGCACCGAUUGAAACAGUUAUUUUAUUAAUGGAUGAAAAACCUGUAUAUCAAGGACCAUGGUGCCUAUCUCCAGCGGAAACAUGUGAAGUUGACAAACAAAUAGAAGAAUGGUUACAAGAAGACAUUAUUAGACCUAGUUGUUCUGACUACGCUAGUCCAAUAGUUUUGGUCAGGAAGAAAGAUAACUCUCUACGUUUCUGUGUAGAUUACAGGAUGUUAAAUAGGAAGAUAAUCAAAGAUAGAUACCCUUUGCCAUUAAUAGAUGACCAAAUAGAUAAAUUACAAGGAGCUUCAGUCUAUACAACUCUUGACUUGAGAAAUGGAUUUUCCAUGUUCCAGUUCAUAAAGAUAUCAUUAAGUAUACCUCUUUUGUCACACCUAGUGGGCAAUAUGAAUUUCUGCGAACCCCUUUUGGACUUGAUAUUGGCUAGUAGUUAUGAAGAAAGUAUUGAACUUUUAAAACAAAUAUUGCAAACUGCUUCUGAAUAUGGACUACACAUUAAAUGGAGUAAGUGUCAAUUUUUACAUACAGAAAUUGAAUAUCUAGGAUACCGAAUUUUGCAAAAUUUUCUGGGUCUUACUGGAUACUUUAGAAAAUUUAUAAAGAACUAUUCAUUGAUUGCUAAACCUUUGACUGAUUUAUUACAUAAUGGAGCUAAGUUUAAAUUUGGAAAAGAAGAACAAGAUGCAAUAAAUAUGCUGAAAAGAAAACUGGUGGAUAAUCCAGUGUUACAUAUAUAUGAAGUGUGA